AUGGAAAUUCCUAGACCUAUUGUCUUGCCUGUGCCGUUACAAUAUCUGGCUGCUGCUAAGCUGUGCGGCCGCAACGCUAAGCUUGCAUCUACUCUUUCAGCUGCAUCCGUUUUCCCCCCUUCAAGCCUUUGCAUCCUUCCAGCGACAUCUUCUUGGUUUGCCGCAGCUAUUGCUAUUGAUUCUAUGGCCUCACCUGACCUGCUUGGCAGCGAUUCGUCUCUCUUACAAUCAAAUAAUACACUAUCUCUACCGCCAAGCCCUCUCUCCUAUUGGUCUGGAUAUAAGCCGGUUAUUAAUCUGAUUGCCACUUUCUUCCUGGAAAGGAAGGAUAAUCUGCUCGUACACUCCUAUCUUUCUCCAAAAGCUUGCUCUCAGUGCUAUCCAGGGUCUAUGUUGGGAGAUUUAAGGACUGAGGACUUUCCACAUAUAAGACGCCGGAAGAUAACGCAGAACAUGUUUAGAAUGUUUCUCAAGUAUCGAUCUUCAACAUUGAAAUUGCAAUGA